AUGGGCGCUGUUCUAAAGGCAAAGCCUCUGUUCCAGCGCCUCUGGAAUUCAGGAGCGGAGGGCGCUGGGCUCAUUCCCUGCUGGAGGAAUUCCCUUGGCCUGAUGGCAGCUGGGGAUCACAGUCCUGGGAGGAUGUGCAGGAGUGGAAAUGAGAACAGCGAGGCCCUGCCCGAGUCCAUCCCCUCAGCCCCGGGGACCCUGCCCCAUUUCCUGGAGGAGCCGGACGAUUCCUACAUCAUCAAGAGCAACCCCAUCGUGCUGCGCUGCCGGGCCGUGCCCGCCAUGCAGAUCUUCUUCAAGUGCAACGGGGACUGGGUGCACCAGAACGAGCACGUGUCCCUCGAGAGCCUGGACGAGGCCACAGGAAAUGAGAACAGCGAGGCCCUGCCCGAGUCCAUCCCCUCAGCCCCGGGGACCCUGCCCCAUUUCCUGGAGGAGCCGGACGAUUCCUACAUCAUCAAGAGCAACCCCAUCGUGCUGCGCUGCCGGGCCGUGCCCGCCAUGCAGAUCUUCUUCAAGUGCAACGGGGACUGGGUGCACCAGAACGAGCACGUGUCCCUCGAGAGCCUGGACGAGGCCACAGGGCUGAAGGUGCGCGAGGUUUCCAUCAACGUCACGAGGCAGCAGGUGGAGGAUUUCCACGGCCCCGAGGAUUACUGGUGCCAGUGCGUGGCCUGGAGCCACCUGGGCACCUCCAAGAGCAGGAAGGCGUCGGUGCGCAUCGCUUAUCUACGGAAAAACUUUGAGCAAGACCCCCAAGGCAAGGAGGUUCCCAUCGAGGGGAUGAUUGUCCUGCACUGCCGGCCCCCCGAGGGCGUCCCUGCGGCCGAGGUGGAGUGGCUGAAGAACGAGGAGCCCAUCGAUUCCAACCUGGACGAGAACAUCGACACCAGGGCCGACCACAACCUCAUCAUCCGCCAGGCACGCCUGUCUGACUCGGGCAACUACACCUGCAUGGCUGCCAACAUCGUGGCCAAGAGGAGGAGCCUGUCAGCCACCGUGGUGGUCUAUGUGAACGGGGGCUGGUCCUCAUGGACGGAGUGGUCCAGCUGCAACGCGCGCUGCGGCCGGGGCUGGCAGAAACGCUCGCGCACCUGCACCAACCCCGCGCCCCUCAACGGGGGAGCCUUCUGCGAGGGCAUGUCCGUGCAGAAAAUCACCUGCACCUCCCUCUGCCCCGUGGACGGCAGCUGGGAGGUGUGGAGCGAGUGGUCAGUGUGCAGCCCCGAGUGCGAGCACCUGCGGGUGCGGGAAUGCGCCGCGCCUGCCCCACGCAACGGCGGCAAGCACUGCGAGGGCCUGAGCCAGGAGUCCGAGAACUGCACCGAGGGGCUCUGCAUCCAAGAUGUGGAGCGCAGCGGGGCCAUCGCGCUGUACUCGGGGCUGGCGGCGGCGGUGCUGGCGGUGGCCGUGCUGGCGCUGGGGGUGACCCUGUACCGGCGCAGUCAGAGUGAGUACGGCGUGGAUGUCAUUGAUUCCUCUGCACUCACGGGAGGCUUCCAGACUUUUAAUUUUAAAACAGUCAGACAAGGUAACUCCCUGCUCCUGAACUCGUCCCUGCAGCCCGAGCUGACGGUCAGCAGGACCUACAGCGGCCCCAUCUGCCUGCAGGACCCCCUGGACAAGGAGCUGAUGACGGAGUCGUCCCUGUUCAACCCCCUGGCCGACAUCAAGGUCAAGGUGCAGAGCUCCUUCAUGGUGUCCCUGGGCGUCACCGACCGGGCCGAGUACCACGGCAAGGCCCACCCCGGGACCUUCCCCCACGGCAACCCCAGGCCCUUCGGGACAAUCCAGGCCAGGAACAAGGCCAUGUUCAUCCAGAACCUGGCCUCCAUCUCCAGCAGCAGCGAGCUGAGGAGCUCGGCCCUGUUCGGGCACCUGGGGGGCCGCCUGGUGGUCCCAAACACAGGGGUCAGCCUGUUGAUUCCACACGGAGCUAUUCCAGAGGAGAGUUCCUGGGAAAUCUACCUGGCCAUCACCCAGAAGGAGUCCAGCCUGGAGCCAGAGGGCCCCGAGGUGCUGCUGGGGCCCGAGGUGAGCUGCGGGCCCCCCGAGCUGGCUGUGAGCACCCCGUGUGCCCUGAGCAUCCCACACUGCGCCCACGCCGACCCCCAGCACUGGAGCAUCCACCUCAAACGCAGGACGCAGCAGGGGAAGUGGGAGGAAGUGAUGUCUGUGGAAGAGGAAACUACUUCUUGCUACUGCCUGUUGGAUCCUUAUGCCUGUCACAUUCUCUUAAACAGCUUUGGAACUUAUGCCCUAAUUGGGGAACCCAUCUCUGACUGCGCCGUUCGACAGCUGAAAGUCGCCGUUUUUGGCUGCCUGUCUUGCAAUUCUCUGGAUUACAAUCUGAGGGUUUAUUGUGUGGAUAACACCCCUUGUGCAUUCCAGGAAGUGGUUUCGGAUGAAAGACUCCAAGGGGGGCAAUUGCUGGAGGAACCCAAACUUUUGCAUUUUAAAGGCAACACCUGCAGCCUGCAGAUCUCAGUGCUGGACGUCCCUCCCUUCCUGUGGAGAAUCAAACCCUUCACUGCCUGUCAGGAGGUGCCGUUCUCCCGCGUGUGGCGCGGCAGCCCCCGGCCCCUGCUCGGCGCCUUCUCCCUGGAGCGCUUCAGCCCCGCCACCAGCCAGCUGUGCUGCACUGUGUGCGUCCGGCAGCUGCAGGGCCACGAGCAGCUCCUGCACGUCCAAACCUCCGUCCUCGAGGCCGAGAGAGAAAACAUCACCUUCUUUGGGCACGAGGACAGCGCCUUCCCUGCCCAGCUGGGCCCCAAGGCGUUCAAGAUCCCGCGCUCCAUCCGGCAGCGCAUCUGCGCCACCUUCGACACGCCCGGCGCCAAGGGCAAGGACUGGCAGCUGCUGGCCCAGAAGAACAGCAUCAGCAGGAAUCUCUCCUUCUUCGCCGCCCAGAGCAGCCCCUCCGCCGUCAUCCUGGACCUGUGGGAGGCACGGCACCAGCACGACGGGGACCUGGACUCGCUGGCCUGUGCCCUGGAGGAGAUUGGAAGGACACACUCCAAGCUCUCAGACGUGGCAGAGCCCGAGCUGGAGGAGCCCGAGUUCCCCGGCAGCAGGAACGGGCUCUAGUCCCCCUGCCCCGCCAGGACACGCGGCCAGCUAACCCCGAGCCUGGGCCAGGGGACUGCAGGGGUCGUGCCCGUGGGGAUGGAACUCACCCCACACCAGUGGCAGUGGGAGGAGCAGAAGCAGCCCUGCUAAAAACCCUCCGGCCA